CAAAAGAAAUUAAGUAUCGAAAACACAAAACAAAUAUUUGAAACAAAACAAGUUGAGAUAAUAGAAGGUAUUGAUGAUGAAAUUGAAGGAACUUUAACCUUAACCAUCAUUGAUAAUCAGUUCAUG